UCUCUCCCUCUCUCUACCACACACAAACACAAUAACAACAGCCAGGUUGCAGCCAUAGCAACGCCACCGGUACGCCGUUAAGUGAUGUGAAUGGAAAGCAGACGGAGGCUUUGAAGUCCACACUCCUUCCUCUGCCGCCGCCCAGUCUCGCCCGGUUUAAGGUACGGAAGUGUCUGUUUGCCUGUAAUGGACGAGGCGGAGGACAGCGAGGAGGAGCCCAAAUUCCAGAAGGCUCGACCCUUUCAAAUAGCCAGCUCGGCUGGAUGCGAGGAUCAUGGGAGUAGCAGGGGGACCAAUAUGAAGAAAUUCUCGCCAGGAGGCGGAGCCGUCUCUCCUGUGCGAAAAAACUCCAACAACAAUGAGCUCUUCCUCUUGCGAGGCGAGGACUCCACACCUUUUACUCCCAGCGGCAGCUGUGCAUUUGCUCUGUUGUGCCAGAGGGAUGCUGCUGGCGGCACAGAGUCAGACCACAGGAGUGCAGGGGACACAGUGUCUGAGGCGGGCGUGAUAGGAGAGGGGGGCAUCGGUAUGAUAUGCAAUAAAAACGGAGACUGUAGAAGAGACCCGGCCAGUUCAGGCAGUCUUUCUUCUCUCAUCUCAAGACAGGAGAAGCAGGCAGAUGGAGUAGUAGCAGCUGAAGACGAUAAGGAGCUGGCUGCGAGCAUGGACGGCUCUGUCACUUCAGCAGGGUCCCUGACACAGGGGCCUGGGGCCGAGGUCAAGACGACGGCAGCAACGGAGAAAAAGGACUCCAGAGUUUCCUUCUCCAACCCCCCGAGUAGUAAAGGACUGGCUCAGCAGCCAAGAAGUUCUGUCACGUUCAGCAAAGCAGAGGACGGCUCUCAGAUAGUGCCGGAUGAUGGAGAGUCCAAGGGGAAUCAGACAUACAUGCAGCGGCAGUUUAGUGCCAUGCUUCAGCCUGGAGUUAAUAAAUUCUCCCUGCGCAUGUUUGGCAGCCAGAAGGCAGUGGAGAAAGAACAAGAACGCGUAAAGUCAGCGGGUAAUUGGAUUAUCCACCCAUACAGCGACUUCAGGUUCUACUGGGACUUCACCAUGUUAAUGUUCAUGGUUGGCAACCUGAUCAUCAUCCCUGUAGGCAUCACCUUCUUUAAAGAUGAGACCACCACACCCUGGAUCAUCUUCAAUGUGGUCUCUGACACCUUCUUCCUCAUGGACCUAGUACUCAACUUUAGGACUGGUAUCGUGUUCGAGGACAACACCGAGAUCAUCCUCGACCCCAAGAAGAUCAAGAAGAAGUACCUGAAGAGCUGGUUUGUGGUGGACUUCGUCUCCUCCAUACCUGUGGAUUAUAUCUUCCUCAUCGUGGAGAAGGGGAUUGACUCAGAGGUGUACAAAACUGCCCGGGCACUCCGCAUUGUCCGCUUCACGAAGAUCCUCAGUCUGCUGCGUCUGCUGAGGCUGUCUAGACUCAUCCGUUACAUCCAUCAGUGGGAGGAGAUCUUCCACAUGACCUAUGACCUAGCCAGUGCCGUGGUGCGAAUAUUCAACCUGAUUGGUAUGAUGCUACUGCUGUGCCACUGGGAUGGCUGUCUCCAGUUUCUUGUUCCCAUGCUGCAGGACUUUCCAUCUGACUGCUGGGUCUCCCUCAACAAGAUGGUGAACGACACAUGGAGCGAGCUGUACUCCUUUGCCCUCUUUAAAGCCAUGAGCCACAUGCUGUGCAUUGGAUAUGGAAGACAAGCCCCAGAGAGCAUGUCGGACAUCUGGCUGACCAUGCUCAGUAUGAUUGUAGGAGCCACCUGCUAUGCCAUGUUCAUCGGCCAUGCCACCGCGCUCAUCCAGUCACUUGACUCAUCUAGACGUCAGUACCAAGAAAAGUACAAACAAGUGGAGCAGUACAUGUCAUUCCACAAACUCCCAGCCGACUUCCGACAGAAAAUCCAUGACUACUAUGAGCACCGAUACCAGGGCAAGAUGUUUGAUGAAGAGAGCAUCCUGGAGGAGCUUAAUGAGCCUCUGCGCGAGGAAAUUGUCAACUUCAACUGCCGUAAGCUGGUGGCCUCCAUGCCGCUGUUUGCCAACGCAGAUCCCAACUUUGUGACAGCCAUGCUGACCAAACUGAGAUUUGAAGUAUUUCAGCCUGGAGACUACAUCAUCAGAGAGGGGACAAUUGGCAAGAAGAUGUACUUCAUUCAGCACGGGGUGGUGAGCGUCCUGACCAAAGGAAGCAUUGGCAUGAAGCUGAUGGAUGGCUCCUACUUUGGAGAGAUCUGCCUGCUGACCCGUGGCAGACGGACAGCCAGUGUGCGUGCGGACACCUACUGUCGCCUGUAUUCUCUCUCUGUGGACAAUUUCAAUGAGGUGCUGGAGGAGUACCCCAUGAUGAGGAGGGCUUUUGAGACAGUUGCCAUUGACAGAUUGGACAGGAUAGGCAAGAAGAACUCGAUCCUGAUGCACAAAGUUCAGCAUGAUCUCAACUCAGGUGUUUUCAACAAUCGUGAGAACGAGAUGAUCCAGGAGAUAGUUAAAUAUGAUCGGGAGAUGGUUCAACAGGUGGAUCUGCCACGCCCACGGGCCAUGUCCAUGACGCCUCCACUGACCGGUGGGAUCUUUACGCCUCCAAGUUCCUCUGCCCACAAUUCAGCAGUUGCCACUCUCCAGCAGGCUGUAGCCAUGAAUUUUUGUGCCCCGAUGCAAGGAAACUCUGUGGGAUUGGGUAACCUGCAGUCUCCCAGGAUGAUGAGGAGAUUUCAGGUGAUGCAAAGUGUAUCGAGCCCUGUCUCAGCCUCUCCACUUCAGUCUCAACUCCUUGUUUCUGGUGCCUUUCCUCCGGUCCUGUCCAGCCCCCCUGUCCAAAGCCCACUAGCAGUCGGUGGGCGAUCAUUCCAGUAUGGAUCCAGUGCCCUGGCUGGUCCCACCUCAGGCUCACAGCUUUCUCUAGUCCAGCAGCACAUAGCCAGCCCCGUGCACAGGCCCAGCACACAUAAGAGCACCCAUUCUUUGCAAAUGGGAAGUCUGAGCCAAGAUGCCAGGGCACUGUCAGCUUCUCAGCCUUCACUGCCUCACGAGAUGGGACAACCAGCUGUCCCUAGUCCACCCCAAUCUACACGAGUCUCUUCUACUUCCAUCGAGCCCCCUCACACCCCACUGGGUCACACAGGCAUCCGGAGCGGCAUACCACACAGGGUGGUUCUCCCACACCAGAUGUCUGUUGGGGCCUUUCCUGUAGCAUCCCUCCCUGGUUCUGUUCAUGGUUUUGCACCUGUUGCAGGGGUAGCAGUAGGAGGAGUGGGAACUGGUCUGGGAGAAUCGGGACUCCCCAAGAAGGACUCUUUAGUGAGCCUUCCUGAGACAGACCACAUCAAAGUCAAAUCCAGGCUAUCCUCAAACUUGUGAACCUGAUUAAAAACACUUGGAGAGUGACUCAACAAGGAUCUUGACUACAGGAACAUGGGGAGAUUUCUGUUAUCUCUCCUACAGUUCCUCUUCUCUUUAUUCCAGUUUGACUAUCCGAUCGUAUGAAUGUCGAAUGAGAUGCAGCAGGGAGGAUCUGAUAGGCGACCAUUCUAAUAUAAUAAAGUCGGUAUGGUGACUUUUAAAAUUGCAGCACUCAGAUGUUUCUACUCACAGAAGUACUAGUUGCACAGAUUGGUAAUGGUACAGUAGUGUUUUUAAUUCACAACAUAAUCCACAACACAUGGGAGAUUUGCUUCACUACCACUUCCUUCACCUCAUUUUAUGCAAACUUGGGGUUGGAUGAGAGUUAAAGAGAUUCAGGGAUGUGCUUAAAGUAUCAGAAGUUGGCACUUUAGUGGGAUCUUAUUGCUAUAUUUGAGCAGAUUUUCUCAGUAGGUUGGCUGCAAAAGGCCAAAUUUAUAAGAACAAGACUACACAAUAUUAAUGAUGAUAUUUCAAAGUAUACAGUCUAAAAGCAGUCUACUUUGACUUUUUAAAAUCAGACUAAUAAGAUCUGAUAGCCCUUAACUCAGAUAAAUAAGUCCCAGAUCACAGACAGUUAUAUCCUCAAUGCUGAAAUUACGAUUGUAUUGUUUCUUCAAGCCAAGCCACUGAUUUCUACAGUAUAUGUCUGCCUGUUUGUUUUAUUUAAAGCUGCAUUAAUCACUAUACUUUAAAUUAGCACUGACUCUAAUCAGGUGUUUUUUUAACACCUGCAAGUUUGUUGUACUGUUCAGUCUUUUUCCAGCAAAUGAUUAAUAUUGAAAUGACCUGCACAGCAGCAACAACAGAGACAAAUUCAGCAACAAGCUGUUGAAUAAUGUUUUAAUGACCUUGUUGAGACCAAAACAGAGUUAACCAGCAUCCCAGUAAAAAAGAACUGUGAUGCAAUAAUAUGUAGUGUAAUACUGCUCAUGUGAGCAACUUUCUAAGGUAAGUGACGUCAGACUUUUGCCCUCAAGUAGCUACAAACUGAUUCAUGCGGCUUUAAGUAGAUCAUAAAGACGUGUAAAUAUAUAAUUCCUUUUAAUUACAUAUAUAUGGCCUCUGAUGGAGGACCUGAGCUUGACGAACACACACAUCAUCCCCUGGAGUGCAGGUUUAUGGACUAAAGUCAUGUAAGUGGUAAUAUCCCACAAUUGUGAAAAUGUUCUGUUUAACCUUACAAAUUGUAAUUCACUGCCAGCCAAGUAAAAUAAAUUUUAUAGUUAAAAUGUAAAUUCCCUCAUCAAAAUGUAAAUUCAUUCUUUUCCUAACCCCUAAUCUCACUUUUCUUUAGUUGCAGUUUGGGCCAUGUGUCACUACGCCAAAGUCAAUUCACACCGAUAAUGAAACUCCCGCGAAGCUCAAUGCCGCUGCUGAUGCUACGGUUUUGGUCCACAGCCAAGGACCGUGCCGAUACUUUGCAGGAUGUAUAUUGCAGUGUGCCUCUGUCAUUAAGGCUUCAAUAAGAGGUCAUGGAAUACUGGCAAUUUGUGUCCAAAAGCAUUAGGAAGGGAACCUUUUCUCCUGGACCUGCUAUUCUAUUCACCUCAUCUCACUAAUGCCUGAACCAUUACUGGGUAAUGAGUGUGGAAAUUGGAAUCCCCCGGGUCUGUUUGGACUGUUAUUGUUCUCGUUCAAUUGGAUUUCAUUAUACAGUGCCAAUAAUGAGUUCCUCUCCUAUGAUCAUUUUGCAUUUUCAUUUUGUUUAGUUUCAGUUCAGGCGUUGUUAUCCACCUUGAGAGUUCUGAAUGGGACAAAGUUGAAGGUUUAUAAGUAUUUUUGUAUCGUGUUUUUGAGGUCUGUUGUGCUUUUGUUUUAUCCCCAAAUUAUGCCCUGUGGAACCUAUUUAGCUACUCCAAAAUAAUUAAUAGAGGCUUGUUAUGAGAAUGGUAUUUUGCUGAACUUCACAUUGUUUCCUGGAGGCACUCUGUUAGGACAGGAAAUGCAUUUGUGACUAAAUUAGUUUCUAGAUAUUUUUACUCUAGUGGAAAGCACACAGUAAAGGAUGAUGGGGUAACAGAGAAAGAGAGUAAACCAGACUGAGUCAAUACCUUUACUCAUAUCACAAGAUAUUACUAGCUCAGUUUUAAUAAUUAUAAAUAAACCCCAUGUUUUAAUUAAGUGUGGAAAUAGUGAAACCAAAGUUCCAACGAUUGCAAUUCUUUUGUAUGCAAACCUCACAGUGAUUUAGCAUAAAAAUCAGACAACACUCAUUCAGUCCUAUUGUCUGAAAGUGAUGUUUAUCACAUGAAGCAAUAACUGUUUGAAAUGGAGUGAAUGACCACUGUAUGCAGAAGAUGUUCUGCCCUUGAGGUGUUAACGAAGAUGCAAUAUUUCAUAUUUUAGACUGCGCUCCCAAACUUUACUGAGAAUUUGUUGAACAUCUGUCUUUGAAAACAGAUACGUUUAAACCGCGCUUACUGUCCACUCAAACUAACUUGACAGACAUGGUAUUUCUAUGUGUAAACAUAGUGUGCAUCAUGUAAACCAGACUAUUAAUUAAUGUAACUUAGUUUACUGUAAAUGUAGAUCUGCUAUUAAAAAAAAAAAAAAAACAGAUGAAGAAAAUGUUUGAAAAAAAAGAAUCUCUUUGUAAUCUCUGACAGAAUGCAUAUUAUCAUCUGGUAUGAACUGAUAUUACUUGAAAAUAAUAAUUAAAGGAGAGAAAAGCUGUUUGUAUUA